CCAAGCUUAAAAUGACCCAUUUAAUGGCUGGGUUUUGUCCAUUAGUUGAUGCUCUGUGUUGUCCGAAUCUGCUGGGAUAGUGGAUGAAUUUGGUAGCCCUUUUAAAUGUGUUUUAAGCUUGAUUAUGUAGAAUUUAGCUUGAAUUAGCUGCUGUGAUGAUUUGUGUGAAAAAUCCCGUGAGAUUAGCUAUGGUUUUGCUAAUGUUUGGAAGUGGCAGUACUGUUCACGGCGUGAGCACUGUUCACGGGUACUGUUCAUAGGCACUGUUCACACACCGAGGGUUAAUGAUUAACGGGGAUUUAAAGGUUUAGUUUGUGAUAUAAGGAUAAAUUUGGAGAUGUCCGGUUAUGCGGAGAUUGAUAGAAAUAGCACCGUGAUUAGGGGUAGUGUUAGAGAUGAUUUUACUUUGAAUUUGUGGUGGUAUGGUUAUUAAUUGUGGAAUAUUGUGAUUAGGUUUUGAUCGUUCUGUCACCGUAGCACUUGGGUUAGCCUUCUGUUCUGUGCGAGUGAGGUAAGUAAAUUAUGGUAAAAGCCCUCUGAUUUUAAAGUAUGUUUUAAACUGUUUUUGAGAUGGUGGCAAGCUUUAAAUUGAUUUUAUCUGUAUUUGAGUGUGAUUAAACUGAAAUGGAAAUUGUGAUGGUUUUUAUGAGAAUUUCCUUGUUUUUCUGAAAUUGAGCAUGAUUGGAAAGAAAAUGAGGAUUUUAUUGAUUUUCUAGAAAUGAGCAUGAUUGAGAAAUGAAAAUGGAAAUUUCAUUGUUUUCGGGAAUUGAGCAUGAUUGGAAUGAAAUUGUUUUCGUUGCAUUGAGUAGAGCAUGCCUAUUUGGAAAUUGACUGAACUGUUUUGAUGAACUGAGAGUUUGCAAAUUCUGAGUUUUCUGUUAAAUCCAUGGUCACAUGGAAAUUUUCUGGUUUGUGUCUGAGAUUUGAGAUGGAUUGAGAAUUAUGGAUUUUUGGAAAUCCUGCAUGGUUUUGUCUCGGAUAUAAUCAUGAUUACUGACGCCCGCUAGUGGGAGCUGUAAACGCUA